AUGGGGCCCCCAGUGAGUCAUCUGCUGGCUGGCCUGUGUGUGUGGGUGGCCUUGGGCUGGGUAGGGGGCUCAGCCCCCUACCUGGGCCCUGCUGAGCAGGAGCAGAACCAUUACCUGGCCCAGCUGUUUGGCCUGUAUGGGGAGAAUGGGACGCUGACUGCAGGGGGCCUAGCGAGGCUUCUCCACAGCCUGGGGCUAGGCCGAGUUCAGGCCCUCCACCUGGGACACCACGGGCCUCCAGCUGGGCCUCCAGCUGGUCGGGCUACACCCCCAGCUGGAGACAAUUCCACGCACAGGCCCCAGGACCCCGAGCUGAGUGUGGACGUCUGGGCAGGGCUGCCUCUGCACCCGUCUGGGCGGGGUGACCUGGAGGAGACCGAGGCCCCAGCACCACCCCAUGGGCCAGCCCCAUCGGGCCUGGGCCUCUUGCACAGGCUUCUGCUGCUGGACCAUUCACUGGCUGACCAUCUGAAUGAGGAUUGUCUGAAUGGCUCCCAGCUGCUGGUCAAUUUUGGCUUGAGCCCUGCUGCUCCUCUGACCCCUCGUCAGUUUGCUCUGCUGUGUCCAGCCCUGCUUUAUCAGAUUGACAGCCGUGUCUGCAUCCGGGCCCCAGCUCCAACCCCCCCAAGGGAUCUGCUAUCUGCCCUGGUUCAUAGUGCCCUGGCAGUCCUGCUGCUCAGCCUGCCUGCUCCCCUCUCCUUGCUGCUGCUGCGGCUCCUGGGACCUCAUCUGUUGCAGCCCCUGCUGGGCUUUCUGGGGGCCCUGGCCGUGGGCACUCUUUGUGGGGACGCCCUGCUACACCUGCUGCCACAUGCGCAAGGAGGGCAGCAUGCUGGACCUGGUGGGCAGCCAGAGGAGGACCUGGGACCAGGACUGUCGGUGCUUGGCGGUCUCUUUCUUCUCUUCGUCCUGGAGAACAUGCUAGGGCUUUUGCGGCGCCGAGGGCUCAAGCCAAGAUGCUGCCGGCGAAAAAGAAAGGAUCUCAGAACUCCAAACCUGGACCCGGAGGAUGGCAGUGGGAUGGCGCUUCGUCCCCUGCAGGCAGUUCCAGAGCCAGGGGCUCAGGGCCAGAGGGAGCAGGACAGCCAGCCCCCAGCAGUCCUGGCCCCACCUGGGUGCCAAGGCCACAGUCAUGGAUGUCAGGGUGGCGGUGGCACCAAUAUCACGUGGAUGGUCCUCCUGGGGGAUGGUCUGCACAACCUCACUGAUGGGCUGGCCAUAGGCGCUGCCUUCUCUGAUGGCUUCUCCAGUGGCCUCAGCACCACCGUAGCAGUCUUCUGCCACGAGCUGCCCCAUGAACUGGGUGACUUCGCGAUGCUGCUCCAGGCAGGGCUGCCCUUCCGGCGGCUGCUGCUGCUGAGCCUGGUGUCUGGAGCCCUGGGACUAGGGGGUGCAGCCCUGGGGGUGGGGCUCAGUUUGGGCCCUGUCCCCCUCACUCCCUGGGUGUUUGGGGUCACUGCCGGGGUCUUCCUCUACGUGGCCCUUGUGGACAUGCUACCAGCCCUGCUACGUCCACCUGGGCCCCUCCCUACGCUCAAUGUGCUACUGCAGGGGCUGGGGCUGCUGCUGGGGGGCGGCCUCAUGCUCACCAUAGCCCUGCUGGAGGAGCAGCUGUGGCCUCUGGUCUCUGAUGGCUGA